UCAUGCAGACCAUUCACUCGCACCGAAACCUGCGGAGGGUGCAGAUACUGUAUAGAAAACCUGUAUUGGUCCUCACAUAUUAUUAACCCUUGACCUACUGGUAUUUUUUCCCACCUGUUUUGUAUCCCACACGCACAUUCUUUCUCCCUCUGAAAACCGACAACUCUUUGCCACCAUCAUCACGAUCACUAUAAUCACGAUACAAGUCAACAACACCCACAGUCAUCGAGAUCUCUAUCACCAUCACAAUUCACCAUGCCACCGACAUCAUUAGAGCACCGUAUUCUUACGGACAGGCCCGACCACAAGGGCAUCAUCAACGAUUGCAUCGAUCUUGUGCGAUGUCGUCCUGAGGAGAGUCAAGCGGGGCAAUCUGUUCCCUCCCUUACUGCAUCCAAUGUCCGGUGGUUAAAUCGCACAAACCGACCGUCCGGUACUGCCAACUCGACCGGAAAGGGAAAGCUCUACGAGCGGUUUUGCCGCUUUGAAAUGCUACCGAAAGAGCUCCGAAUCAUGAUAUGGAAAAUGUCGGUUGACCCAGUUAUGGUCAUCGGUUACCUUUCAGCCCAUGAAGGUCUGGUCAGCAAUUCGGUGACACUAAGCAACUACGAAGGGCCGCUCCAGACCAUCGUCCCCGCACACUACACACUCCUGGGGACUCGAGACCACUACAAGAGAAUCAGACUCUUCGAAAUCAACAGGGAGAGCCGCGAGUUGGCUUUCAAGUAUUGGGGAAGCCCGCUGCCUUCGUCCCCAGGGAAGCUUCCCACGUAUCUAUUCAACCCACACACGGACACCCUGGCUGUCCGACUGAGCCUCUUGCCCCGCGAAACUGACAGCUCCGAUGCCAUGUACGACUCUUCACCCUGGCAGGGAUCGGGUUUCCCCACCUUCACUGUCCCGACGCCUACCGCCCUGCUAAGCCGGGUCCACCGAAUCGAGCUCCAGCUCGACCGCGUCGAGAACCUGCGUCCCGGUGGCUACGACUGGACCAGCCCUGGUGCGACCAACCCUUUUGCCUUCCUCUUCCAUUUCCCCAACCUCCGCCACCUCACCUUCGUCUUCCGCCGCCCGCAACUGAUCGACAUCCCGCAAACCUCCAAUGGGAGAACGGUGAUCGAUGGUGGAAACCAGCUCGUGCCGGUCACUGAAGCCGUCGGGUCCUACGACUAUUACCACUUCGAGACCAUCCAGUGCCUCCACAGCUUUCUCCGCCUUGCUAGAAGCCCUGAAACCCGAGACAGAGCCAAGACCACGCUGCGGAACCUCCGCACCAUCGGCGUCAAUGCCAACCCGCGGUCCCUGCGCCUCGAUCCAUACUGGUUCCCCGAACAGCCGUACGCACGCGUGGCUAAGUUCCCCAAGGGGGUCCCGCCCCUUACUUGUGUGGACAAUCGGCACAGCUUGGAUGUAGUUAGCCCGGUUGACCCUGGGACCCCAGCCCAGCCCAUGCUGCACCAAUGGUUCCCUUGGGAUGAGGGUGGUCUGGCUUUUGCUGAGUUUAUUAACGACUUCAACUUCCAGCUAGCCGGCGAGCCCGGGGUCGUCACCCCCCUCCCGGAAUUUGAAGACCAAGGUAACGACUCGAGUACUGUUAUGUCAGUCGCUGGCUCUACGUACUCCGCGCCUUCUGAGUCCGGUAUGUCUUACAUCUCCUAGCAAGGUCUCGACGAGUUUCGGGGGAAGCAUGCUGACCAGAAGGAAGAUUGGUCAGAAGAUUGGCCCGAAGCCGAAUACGGUUGGAGUUCGUGGGAAAUAUCUAAUCAUGGGACAAGAGUCCGAGUUUUGCGGGUUGUUGUUUCGAAAAGU